GUGGCGCGGGAGCUGAGGGCGCGUGCGGCGCGGGAGCGGCUUCCCGCGCGCAGAACACACAUCAUAGCCUUAAGAAUGCAGUCCGUUUGUCAGAGAGUUGGCACUUGUUCCUCRUGUUUAAACAGACAACUAAGUGGUUUCCUGGGAGUCAUUAAAUGGGAGACACGGCUGGUUCCUGCGCCCAUCAGAACAAUCUACAGUGAGACGGGGAAAUGGGAAAAAAAGUACGGGUUGGAGACGCGAAAAAGAGUUGAAAAUUGGUGGUACCCAAGAAUAAAGGAUGAGUUCUGCAAAAUUUCCGAAAUUGAUAAAUCAAGACCAAAAUUUUACGUGCUUUCUAUGUUCCCAUAUCCUUCUGGAAAGCUUCACAUGGGCCACGUUCGUGUYUACACCAUCAGUGAUGUGGUAGCUCGGUUUCAGAAAAUGAGGGGAAUGCAGGUGAUAAAUCCAAUGGGAUGGGAUGCGUUUGGGUUGCCAGCAGAAAACGCUGCGGUUGAGCAUGGACUGCACCCUGCAAGCUGGACACAGAGUAACAUUCAACACAUGAGGAAGCAGUUUGAUGCACUAGGUCUGUCUUUUACAUGGGAAAGGGAAGUAACCACUUGCUUGCCAGAGUACUAUAAAUGGACACAAUACCUCUUUCUGAAGCUUUUUGAAGCUGGGUUAGCUUACCAAAAGGAGGCGCUGGUUAACUGGGACCCGGUGGAUCAGACGGUUCUAGCUAACGAGCAGGUGGAUGACAAGGGCUGCUCGUGGCGCUCAGGAGCAAAGGUGGAACAGAAGUACCUCAAGCAGUGGUUUAUCAAAACCACUGCCUAUGCAAAGGCUAUGUUUGAGGCUUUGUCCGACCUCCCGGCGUGGUACGGCAUCAAGGAGAUGCAGGCGAACUGGAUCGGCGACUGCUCCGGGAGCUUCCUUGACUUCGCGCUCAAGGUUAAUGGUAAAAUAACAGGAGAGAAGAUAGCAGCCUACACCUACACGCCUGAAGCCGUUUAUGGAGCUUCCCAUUUAUACAUCUUACCAGCUCACAGACUGCUGCACGGGAAUAGCAGCCUGAAGGAAGUCUUCCAGAGGGAGUUCAUCCAAGGGAAAGAUUGCCUUACUUCAGUGACAGCUGUGAAUUUGCUGACCAAUCAGGAGAUUCCUGUAGUCAUCUCAGCAAAACCAGAUUUUGAGAAUUACAUAGAUACUAAGAUAGGAAUUCCUAGCACUAGCACAGAAGAUGCUGCCGUAGCUAAGAAUCUGGGUAUUUCUUUCACUGAAGUCAUUGAGACACUGCCAAAUGGCUUGGAGAAGGUCAUUAAUUCUGGCGAGUUCACAGGCAUGACUCGACAGGAGGCUUCAAAAGCUCUUACCCAGCAGGCCAAAAGUAAAGGACUAGGAGGAGACCUAACGAGUGACAAAUUAAGAGACUGGCUAAUAUCCCGACAGCGCUACUGGGGAACACCAAUUCCUAUCAUUCACUGCCAGGCAUGUGGCACUGUCCCAGUUCCUUAUGAGGACUUACCUGUGGUAUUACCCAAGGUAACCACCUUUACAGGAAAGGGAGCCUCACCUUUAGAAAAUGUUCCAGAGUGGGUGAACUGCUCUUGUCCAAGGUGCAAGGCAGCCGCCAGGCGGGAAACCGACACCAUGGACACGUUUGUUGACUCUGCUUGGUAUUACCUGAGAUACACUGACCCCCACAGCACUGAACGACCCUUUAAUAAAGACUUGGCUGAUUAUUGGAUGCCUGUGGAUCUGUACAUCGGAGGAAAGGAACAUGCAGUUAUGCACUUAUUUUAUGCUAGAUUUCUCAGUCAUUUUUGCCAUGAUCUAAACAUGUCCAAACACAAGGAACCUUUCCAUAAGCUGUUGGUUCAAGGUAUUAUCAAGAAUCAGACAUUCAGAUUAGCAACAACAGGCCAGUAUCUGAAGAGGGAGGAGGUCGAUCUCACUGGGACUGAACCAGUUCACCUAAAAACUGGUGAGAAGAUCGAAGUCACUUGGGAAAAAAUGAGCAAAUCUAAGCACAACGGCAUAGACCCAGGGGUGCUGAAGGAGGAGUAUGGCAUCGACACCAUACGUCUUUACAUCCUGUUUGCAGCUCCUCCAGAGCAAGAUAUUUUGUGGGAUGUUAAAACGGAUGCCAUGCCGGGCGUGCAGCGCUGGCAGGCGCGCCUCUGGAGCCUCGUAUCCAGGCUUAUCGAAGCGAGGGCGUCGGGAACCCUGCCCCAUCCUGAGCGUCUCAGUACCAAGCAGAAGGCUGAAGCCAGAAAGAUCUGGGAGCAGAAGAAUCUGGUGGUUUCUGAGGUCACGGAGUAUUUCACAAAGGAUCAUCUGUUCAAUGCAGCUAUUUCUCGGCUGAUGAGCCUCAGUAAUGUACUCCAUCAAGCUUCUCAGCCUCUUAUUCUCCACAGUGCAGAAUUUGAAGAUGCUUUGGCUACACUCUGCAUCAUGGUUGCACCUAUGGCUCCACACAUUGCAUCAGAGAUGUGGAAAGGUUUGGCACACAUGCAGCAUAAACUCUGCGCUCAUCACAACUGGGAGGCUGACGUGCUGCACCAGUCCUGGCCCCAGGUAGACCCCGAGUACCUCCGGCCGUCGGAUGUCGUGGAGAUGGCUGUUCUGAUCAAUAACAAAGCCUGUGGCAAAGUCAGUGUGCCUCAGCAAGCAGCCCACAGUUUUGAAGAAGUCCAUGAACUAGUUCUUCAAAGUGAACUUGGAAUCAGGCACCUCCAGGGACGAACCAUUAAAAAGGCUUUUCUGUCUCCAAGAACUGCCCUUAUCAACUUCCUAGUGCAAGAAUAACAAAGGCACUGCUGGCCUAGGAAAGGGGACUGGACUCCUUCAAGAUGUAACUAAUUCAAAAAUAUCAAUUAUGGUUAUUUAAAUCUCAUAUAAUGUGAGAUUAUGUUGAUAAAUAAUUAUGCUAUUAUGUUAAUGAAUUGGGCUGCUGCUAAAUCUUCAUUUGAACAUGGAGAAAAGCACAGAAUUAAAGCUCCUUGAAGGUAAGAUGCUGUUGGUCUGCAUUGUCAUUGAGAAGGAAGAACAGAACUGGAUGACUGCAACAGCAGGUAGAUUUUGUACAUGUUUUUAGUGCUCACCUCUGAACAGGUCCUGCUGGUUGGCAGGGAUAGAUGCAGAAGCCUAACCCACGUGUCUGCAGGGCUAGACAAGUGUCUUGCUCCACCACACGUUAGGUGAGCUGUCAGCAGUCUCAACCUUUGUUCCCUGUAGCUCAUCUCUGGGUACCACAGUACUGAUUAACUUUUUCUCCAGUAACUUUUUCUUGCAAUUUAGCAUUAAUUAUAAGGCUUUGUUUAAUAGUGGUUAAUGGUCUCAGGCAUGGCAGAUAACUAAAGUGGUUUGACAUAUUUCUUGUACAUUUUGGAGGCACACUGAGGAAGCAGUCAAAUGAUUUAUCUGAACCCUGCUUGAGCCAGGGUCCUCUUUACUUGCUGUCAUGUUUCUUUUGAUUUGUACAUGAGCGAUUCAAAUUCCACAAAGUGCUGACAGUUAUUUGUGUACCAAAGGGAGUGAAGUUGCUCUCUAUUCAUCAGCCGCCUCAGAGAAUUUCAGGGGGAUUUGGGAAUGAGAUGAGUUGGCUACUAGUAAUGCAGCAACAGCAAAGGCAGACAGCGUAUUUUUUGCUUCUGCUCCUAGUUCUUACUGUGUCUAGAUCAUAAAACUUUAAUAAAAAUUCUUGUUUUUUU